CUGGGUGGCGCGCACUCCAAAGACACUGUCGGCGUGGAUAGGAUCGGAUACGGGAGGAAAACGGUUCUACAGUUUUGAGAAACGAAUUUAGUAAAACAAAAAUUCGUAAGGGAAUCGCAGUGUUGACGUAUAUAUUUUCUCAUGACAGUGCUUACGACGCCACGUGCUUGGUACCAGACCAGAAACAUCAAUUCCGGUAUCCUGUUAAAUCAUCAGGAUAUAUCGCAUUACGUUCGUGUAUACCCGCGUACCCUCUAGUGGGAGCAGAGAAAGGACCUGGACAAACGGGAUCGCUCACUCUCGUGUACAUUCGGGCCUUGGCGCUGUCGUGUAACCGUGUUUCGAACUCAGUGGCGUUCGCGGUUCUCGUGCGGUAGGAAUAUUACGUUACGUUACGUUAGCGUGCGCGAUACCAUUAAGGAUUGUUAAGGAAAAAUUCAUUAAUAGCUUUCCUCUUUCCUGCGCUGUCGUCGACUAUUGUUGUUCUUAUUAUUCCUUAGCCAUUUCUUCGUUCCCUGCUUUUACCGUCUUUAUCAGGCCCGAGGAUCUGUGUCUUCAAAACUGAACGUUGUGAUAUUUGACACGACACAACAGGAACGUGAUUAGCUACCGCCGAGCAUCGGAUUAACUCUUUUCAAUCUUCUUAUGUGGACAACGUUGCAAACAUGACUUCGUGCAAAGCCUGUAUCCCGACAGCGCUCAUCUGCCUACUGUUACUAUCAGUAACAGCCGACGAGAGCGUUCAUAUAAUGUCAAAGUACAACCAACUGGUAACAUCAAGCACACUAAAUUGGUUGCCAAUAGCACACUUCGAUCCUGCCAAGGAGAUUGUUAUAGGUGGCUUUGAAGUCUUCCAAGAGAAUGAACAUACCAAUCAGGCUGAAAAAUCUGAACCGAAAGAACGUGUAAUAUUUGUCUGCCGCGCGAUGCACAAUGGCGUCUGGGUGACGGGUAGACAAAGACAGGACGAGAAAUAUUGUAAAGUCUCGUAUCUUGGAAAUGCACAUUCCUACGAGAGAUAUGACCUCCUAGAAAAUGUUGAUAGUGCCGCCAGGGUCAGUUGGCAAAAUUGGGACAAGUAUCAUCGGACUCCAGUUGGUGCCGUAGCCAUUGGAAGGAUGUUUGUUGCGAGACACGUGGUUUCUGAUGAUGAGAAAAAGGAUCAAUCGACGACCCCUUACAGAUUCACGCACUAUAUAGGAACUUUCAAUAAGAACGAGAAACUGGGCACUAUUACGUACUUGAGAGAAGAUGGCACCGAAGGUUCUGUAGAAUCUGGUGAGAUACUGGUGGAGGCUGAACCGAUAUCGUACGAGUUGAAUGAGGUGAAGUUGAAUUUUGGGAGGAAACAACUGAUCAAACGCAGUCCGCAAAUCCUUGGGAAAACCACGUUGGUCAACGAGGACAAUGUUGCCAUGAAAGUUGCCGGCGCCAUCGGUUACUCCUAUAACUAUUCUGUUUACUGGGGCCAAGGACACGCUAUACUGAAAGGACUAAACACCACCAUAACACUUGUCAAUGGGACUAGAUUUCCUAACAUUGCUUGGGGAAUUGAAGAGAAAAAACAACUCUCAGAUGUGCAUCCAGUGGAGAUAUACCUGCAACCAGGUACAGGUGUGAACGCAACCUUACGGGCAAAUUACACGAGUGUGGAAGUGCCGUAUUUAGGGAAUUUGGUCUCCUAUUACGAGAACAAGACCAGCACCCAUCGUCGUAUUAGUGGAAUUCGUCGCGAAGAAAACUUGUUUGACAUCAGUCUAGAAGUGGGACCGAUUUACUUCCUAAAUAAUUUGACUCUGGUACCUACGACAGUACCGCCACCUACAACCGAGCCGCCUACUACGACUAAGAUAAUAUCACCGGUAACGAUUAACAAGGAUCUUUCGAGCAAGGAUGAUCAGAACAAUCUUCCUAAUCCCGAUGAGAACAGUAUCGUUCAUCAUAAAAAUCCCGACAGCGUGAACGUGCAAAGCGACGACGGCGGCCCUCUCUCCUUAAAAAACAAUGUAGAAGGAACACGCUCUGGUACGUCUGAUCUUAAGGUCUUAACCUCAAACUUCUUAUUAUUCCUGAUAGUAGUUACUCUGAAUAGGAUCACAUGAAGUGUCAUUGCUUGAUGGCAUAAUCGAUAAGAUCGAUGACUUUCUAGCUCCCAUUAAUUGCAAUAGUCCUAGAACUGUAAGAUACUGUUACUAUUAACUACUACUACUAUUAUUACUGUUACUACUACUACAACUAUCUGAUGGAAUGAAGUCUGAAGAGAAAGAGGAAAAGAUUAUACAAAUUUACGACCGAGAUAAUGCUAGAGUAAUCUGGAUCAUUAACAACCGCAAUAGUAACAGUUUUUGAAAAAGACAAAGUUUGGUUGGCACAACAACAAUAAGAAAAGAAUAAGUCAAAUAAUAAUAUGAUAUAAUGUAAUUGAUUAUUGCCGUUAAGUUCGUGUAGAGAUCAUAUGAGCCGGAUAGGAAUCUCUUUGGCUAUGUAACCGGAUUUUAGGCUGCGAGCCGACAAUCGUACUCCAGCUUCCGGUGCUGACAUAUGCUUGCCUUUAAUGACGAGAACCUUGAUAACUAAUUAAUAUAUUCUAUAAUUAGCAGAUUAGGAGGAAAUCUAUUAAUUAUGAGCUAGUCUCAAGGAAUGUUAAGUACAAGAGAUCGCGAGCCAAGUAGAGAAAGUAUGUAUGUCCGAAUUCAAUAGCAAUUAUGAAGGAAUAGUAAACGAGGCAAGAGAAGAAGAAAGAAGGAAGAAGUAAGCCAAAAGUAAAGAGAUGCAAAACGCAAAUAGUUAAUUUUAUAUGUGGAUGAGGUUCAUUAAUUUAUCAGUAAUCCAAUCAAUAAUAAGACUCCUGAAUUCUUUAAAAACAAAAUUCGACUCUGACGAUUAAAAACUAUUACGCCUACACAAUAAGCAAUGAACCUGCCCGCGGUGUUUAAAGAAGAAUUAGAAGCAAUUAGCCACAUCCUAUUCUAAUUCAGAGUCUUCAGAAUUUCAAAAAAGAAAUUAUAAAACGAACGAAUCGCCGUAUGAAGUAAACAUGAAGAUUUUCUGAAAUGUGCAGAAAAAGGUGAGAGAUUUAACGUUCAUCCUGAAGGGAAAGAAUAAAAAAAGAAAGAAAAUUUUAAAAAAUGAUAGUCGAAGAAAAAAUUUACAGAAGGAAGAGAAACAAGGAGAAAAAUGUAAAAGAAAAUGAAAAAGAAAUGCGAACUGAUACAAGUAUGCUAUAUUUUUGAGAUCGCAGUAUAAUUUUAGAUGUUUCUAAGGUUUGUAAAAGUAGUACAUAAGUACUGAGCGGAUGUAAAGGUUUUUGAAGUGUUUGCAAAUUGCCUAACGGUAUCGAGAUGUCGCAUAUUGUUUUUCUUAUUUCUUUUAUGUGUCAGUUUAUCAUUAUCACUAUGAUCAUUUCUAUUUAUAAAUUGCACCCACUGAGGAAAGUCUAAUUACUAGUGUUCUUAUUAUCCUAAAUCUAGAGAGAAAAAACAUCGCAAUAAGUGUUUUAAUUUUACUCGGGAGACCAAAUGAGUCUCUAUAUUUAUUUUCUUUCAUUUCUUCUUUCUUUCUUUCUUUGGGACUGUAUCGCCAAUCGGUGAACAACAGCGGCGCUAACAUUGUAUAUAAAAAUAUAUUAUUCAACUGAACGAGAGCCUUGAUCUAGUUGUAAUAAAUUGUUAUAUCAAUAAUAAUUAUUUAGUUGGGAGACGUGUUUCUUAUGGCAUGUAAUCUUAAAGUACAAUUUUCCAAUAUUCCUUUUUUCUGUUUUUUUUUUUUAUGUAAGGAUAAUCUUGUACGUCAACAAUGUAAUAAUUAACAUUUUUACUGCGUUGCGUGAUAAAAAACAAACAAUAAUUGUUUUGAAAUCCGUCAUUGCUAUUUAUAGUUUUCCCCAUUUUCGUAUAUCUAUAUGCAUGUAUGUAUCUAUAAGUUUGGCGAUAUCAAUAUGUAUAAGGUGGCCUCGAUAAAAAAAAAUUCUCCACAAUGAGAAGAAAGGAUCAUGAGCAAUCAUGAGAAAAAGAAGCAGAUAAAGAGAGAAUAUAAAUACUGAAGAUUUUCGAUUAAUAGAAUAACGCUAUGUUUAGUGGACAAAGUAUAAGUAAUUAUUGUUAUUAAAUAUUCGUGAUGAAGCUUUCAAUACAACCUUCACUUCUUUUACAAAUAACGCGGUUGCCGUGAUAUAGAAUUAAAAUGAAAAGGAGUAAAUAUAUCGCCGAGUAAUUUACACAUAGAUGCUUUAUCCUUAAAAGCAACAGAGCUAAAAGGCAGAAAGCUACUCCCACGAUCAAACAAUAAACAGUAUAAAGUCAAUGGAGUAGAGCUACUACAAUUGUUGCAUUAUAAGAGGUACAAAUAUAUGGCAAAUAUAUAUAUAUAUAUAAUCUUGUGAAAGGUAUACUUUGAGGACACGAAAAAUUAAGGGACAUUUACGAUAGCAAGCUAAUGCUUUUUUUUUUUUAAUUACUAUCUUGGAACAUUACAGCAUUGGAGUUCUGAGCUAAUCUAACCUAGCAUUAAAAAAAUAUAAACAAAUUUAAAGUGACAGUACGCUUUACGGUCCUCAAAAGAGCCAUUACGCUGGAAAUUCUUUGGGGACUGUCUUUAAAAUAGCCACUGUGUAAAAGAAAUCGUCCCUAAAGUAUCCCUUAAAAAAAUGUAUAUAUAUACGUAUAAAUACUGGAUGUAAAAACUUGUCGAACACCCUUCAAGGAGUAUAUUCUUCUUUUUUAGGAAUAAUGCAAAUAACUUCGAUCCAAAAAUGUUGAAGAAUUAAUAGUUUUUUCAUAAUAAAAAAAAGUUACAUGCUGUUAUUCAACAAGUUGGUGUAUACACACAGAGUACAAUUGAAGAUAAUUGGAAGAAACAGCUUAAAGAAUAAGUACUACAUUUAAUGAAAUUAUUAACACUCAAUGGAUAAAUGUAAAAUUUGAAAUUGCUUAUGAACUAAUGAUUUUGCAUGGCCAUAAAGUAUAACAGAUUUGAAAUAUGAUAAUGAAUCAGUAGAUAGUUAUUUGUUCUUCCAAAAAGAUAGUCUUGAGUCACUUAAAAUAAUCCCAACUUAAUUACAAUUUACAAUAGUAUUGAAAUAACCAGUUUGAAAACUUGCUAUUCUUUUCUACCAGCAUCUUGAAAAUGACUAACUGUUUUUUUAAUGUGAUUAAGAAGCCAACAUGGCUAUGACUGAAAUUAUAAGUAUCUAAAAAUUCUUACUUAAAACAAAAAUUAUCUGAAUAAUUAGGACAUAUCUAAUAGACAUGUUUCUUUCAAUUCUUACCAUACCUUUACGUAAAGAAUUGACCAUUCAUAUACUAUAUUCUGUAUUUAUACAUAUAUGUAUAUUGGAAAGAACGAAAGCAUUUAUUUAUCUACACACAACACACAAGGUAUCAUAAUCGUAUGCUUCUCUAAUAAUUGUGUAUGCGAAUACUGUGAAAGAAUAAAAAAGUACUACUACGAUACUAAUACUAUGCGCCUGAUAAUUCGAUAAAUUAGAAAUUCUCUUGGUAUUUGUUUAUCGUAAUACAAUGUUCUGCUGCGUUGUACAUUAUCAUGUAAAUAUAAAGGCAAUGUAUAUAUAGAGUA